CGCGCUCCGCCUCUCGUCUUCAUCUCGCCGUCGGACGGAGCGUCGCGGGAACGGGUGGGAGACAAAGCAUUAAACUAAUGAAUGGGGGCAGAGAGAGCACAGGGCGGCCUGCUGAUAGUGAACGGCCCCUGAGCCCCAGCACAGCCACCUAGCUGCCAGGUGACCAUUUUGGCAAACAUGGAAGAGUCUCUUGGUUAUUAAAUAUACAGAAGAAGUUUGUGUUUCAGGCAAGCUUAUUUAUUGGAGUUCUGCAAAUGGCAAAAGUACUCAAGGAGUGAAACAUCAGAUGAUACUUCAACAUAGCAAGAUUAAAAGAAUGUCUGUAUGGACCAAACUGAUGACAACAUUCUGUUGAAAUCAGAUGACAAAAACCUACUGUCUUGUUUAUAAGCUUCCUAGAAUACUUUGUCAUUACUGGAAACUGAAAAGAAGGGCUCAAUAAUAAAAAUUUAACAUAAACUCGCAAUGGAAAAAAUAAGUACUAUAAAAGUAGAAGAUGACGACAACAUGGCUGGUGAAGUUGAUCAAGCGCAGCUCAAAAUGGAGACUGAUAGCAUCAAACAAGCUGAAAGCAGCGAUGAACAAGAAGACAAAGAACAACAUUGUGUAGAUACCUCACAUCCAUUAUCGAAUGAAAACGAGGACGAUUAUGGUGUCCUUUUUUCACAGUAUACCACCACCCUGUAUGAUGCAGCGAUGGAGGCUGUUACACAGAGUAUAAUUACAAACAAAAAUAUAAGUAACCGAAAGAAGUCCCCAGCUUGGAAUCAUUUCUUUAUUUCACCUCGGGACAGUACCAAAGCUAUAUGCAUGUACUGUAUGAAAGAGUUUAGCAGAGGCAAGAAUGAAAAAGAUCUUAGUACCAGUUGUUUAAUGAGACAUGUAAGGAGAGCACACCCUAGAGUUCUUGUCUCUGAAAAUGGAAAUCUGCCAAGCAUAUCCACAUACUCUCCUCCUACCUUAGUACUACCUCUGCAGCCUCCUGAUGUUGUGGAUACCAGUGCAACCCCAACAAAAACGAGGAAACUCAAAAUAUCUCCUCCAGAAAAAAUUGUGGAGGAACCUUUAUCUGUGCUUUCUUCUGAUGAAAUCUCCUCAGACUUAUCAAUAUCUGAUAAAAAUGCCAGAGAAGAUGUUACAGUGUCCCCUACAUCUUUACCAAAUAAUCAGAGUGAUGAAGCUGUUGAAAAUGUCACAGAAAAGCAAAUGUCAAUUCAAAAAACCUCAUCUGGUUCUAGGAGGAGGUCUGCUGUUUGGAAACACUUUUAUUUGUCUCCACUGGAUAAUUCUAAAGCCGUUUGUAUCCACUGCAUGAAUGAAUUUAGUCGUGGAAAGAAUGGAAAAGAUCUUGGUACCAGCUGUCUGAUAAGGCACAUGUGGAGAGCCCAUCGGUCCAUUGUUUUGCAAGAGAACAGUGGUGGCACUAGCUUACCACCUCCAUAUUCAAUUCCUCCUACACUGUUGCCGUCCCUCUUAUCAACAGAUAGUGAAGUCCUUUCCACUACAGUUUCUCCAGGAAAAAAUGGGAAGGAAACCACGUCUUUACCCUCCUCACCUGAAAGAGUUUCAGAAGACAUGCAGUGCAGUGUCCCUAAUGGGGAAUUGGCGAUUGACAAUGGAACAGCAGUUUUGCAUUCUUCAGAAAAUAUUUGUGAAGCUUCAGUAUCUUCCCCAGAAAAAGCUAGUGAUGGUCACAAAUCAUUAGCACAUGACUCUCCCCUUUUCUUUCAGCAAAGUAAGAAGGCAAUAAAAAGAUUAAAGUCUGAGGUUUGGCAUCAUUUUACGUUAUCGCCUACAGACAACCUUAAAGCUGUUUGUAGAUAUUGUAAUUGCAUGAUCAGCAGAGGUAAAAAAGGGGAUUUAGGAACUAGUUGCUUAAUGCGGCAUCUUUACAGGAGACAUCCAGAAAUUGUUUUAAACCAAAAAACCUUUGACGUCAGUCUUGCAAAUUCUCCCUAUGCUACCUUGGCAUCUGCUGAAUGCUCAUCCUCAAAAGUUAUUGAACUCUCAACUGCUGCACCUCAUGAUACUCAUAUAGUUUUUCCUUCAAACAGCAAAAAGACCUCAAAACUGUGGAAUCACUUCUCAAUUUGUUCUGCAGAUUCAACUAAAGUCAUAUGUAUGCACUGUGGGCGCACAAUAAGCAGAGGGAAAAAGCCAACAAAUUUAGGCACCAGUUGUCUUCUGAGGCAUCUGCAAAGAUUUCACAGCAACGUGUUGCAGAACAAUUGUGUUUCGGAAGCCUUACCAUCUGCAGAUGUACACAUGCCAGUUAAUGCUGCUUUAGCAGCCUCCUCUUUUGAUGAAACCAAUGAUAAAUUCAGUGACUCUCAUCCUGUUGCCAAAAAAAUCACAAGUCUUGUAGCUGAAAUGAUUGCACUUGAUCUUCAACCAUACUCUUUUGUAGAUAAUGUUGGUUUUAAUAGACUUCUUGAAUACCUGCAACCUCAAUACUCUUUACCAUCUCCAACAUAUUUUUCUAGGACAGCAAUCCCAGAUAUGUAUGAAAAUGUGAAGCACAUAAUUGUCUCCCACCUGAAAGAAGCUGAAAGUGGCGUGAUACACUUUACUGCAGGAAUCUGGAUGAGCAGCCAGACACGGGAAUACUUAACACUUACUGCACACUGGGUUACAUUUGACUCUUCAUUUAAGCCACACAGCGAAGACUACCACUGUUCUGCACUUCUACACGUCUCUCAGAUUGAUUGUGAUUAUAAUGGCCUGAGUGUUCUAAAGCAUCUUGAAUACUUGUGGGAAUCCUGGAUAACCUCAUACGGCCUUCAGAUAGGCAUCACUGUAACUGAUAAUCAUAGCAUAGGAAAAACCCUAAAUGAAAGUGAUCAUUCGAGUGUCGACUGUUUUGGGCACACGGUUGACUUGAUUGUAAAUGAAGCUAUAAAGAGUCAAAGAAUGGUUCAAAACCUUCUGAGCAUUGCGCGAAAGAUUUGUGAACGUGUUCACCGAUCUACAAAAGCAAAGGAAAAAUUGGCAGAAUUGCAAAAAGAAUAUGGAUUGCCUCAGCAUCAGUUAAUUCAAGAUGUCCCUUCAAAGUGGAAUACUUCAUUUCACAUGUUAGAACGUUUAAUUGAGCAGAAAAGAGCCAUUGAUGAGAUGUCAAUAGAGUGCAACUUCAGGGAGUUAAUAAGUUGUGAUCAGUGGGAGGUAAUACAAUCUGUGUGCCAUGCCUUAAAACCUUUCGAGGCUGCCAGUAAAGAAAUGAGCAUGCACACGGCUACUUUAAGUCAGGUAAUUCCAAUGAUCCACAUUCUAAAUCGGAAGAUUGAAAUGUUGUUUGAGGAAACAAUGGGCAUAGAUACCAUGCUCAAGUCUCUGAAAGAGGCUAUGGUUUGUCGCCUGUCAUCAACGCUUCAUGAUCCAAGAUACAUUUUUGCUACUCUUUUGGACCCUCGAUACAAAGCAUCCUUAUUUUCUGAAGAAGAAGCUGAGGAAUAUAAACAUGGAUUAAUCAGUGAACUGGAAAUACUAAAUUCUACCUCAGAUGAUACACUUGUUAUCAACGGGUGUAACAAGCAUUCACCACCCAACCAUAAGGACGACAAUAUCUGGUCACUUAUGGCCAAUAUAAAAAAAUCUAAGAAUUUAAAAGAGAAAUUACCUGAAGAUAUUGUGUUUGCUUAUUUAGAAGAGGAAGUCCUUGAACAUAACUGUGAUCCACUAACAUAUUGGAACUUGAAAAAAUCAUCUUGGCCAGUUUUGUCAAAAUUGGCAGUCCGUUUUCUUGGCUGUCCACCAAGUGUUAUUCCUUCCGAAAAACUCUUUAACACCUCAAAUGACAGUGGCAAUUUUAAUCAGUCUAGGUUAAUGAUGGAACACUUUGAGCAGCUAAUAUUUCUAAAGGCUAACCUCCCAUUGAUUUACUUUCAGUAUUGAAAAUAGUCAGGUAAAACUUCACGUUGCUUACUGAAAAACUGAAUUUUGUAUGUACGGUAAAUUGCUCCUGUUGGGGCCAUGUAUGACAUUUUAAAAAGUGACUGUAGUUUUCUAUUGUGUCACAAUGUUUUGCUUUAAAUCUUGUCUUCAUGUGCCUUACUCAGUUCUUCAGGCAGCCAGACCUUGUAUAAUUUUUUCUUCCAUCACUUUACAAAAGGUAGUCUUGUCAUAUCUAGGAAAUUCAGUUUGUCUUAAAAACUGUAAAUAUAUAUGUUAAAGUGAAUACAUUUUGUUAUAGACUGGGGAGAAAAGAUGUAAACUAUUUUUUAUUCUGUAGUUUUACUUCAAGUAUGUACAAAAUGGAAAGGUACUGUAUUUUAGUCAUCAUUCUUUAGUUUUUUUUUUUUUUUUAAGGUUUUUAUGUGUGAUUUAUGAUUUAAGCGGCAUUUGUUUUUUCAUUAUAGGUGCUAAUUUAUUGUAGUCUGUAGCAGCUGUUUGCGUUUUUAUAGAUUAGUAAACUUCCGUAAUAUUGGAAUAAUUUUACACUGGUUCCUAAGGCUCCAUCCCAUUGGCCCUAUCAGUCUUGUUAUGUAAUAGAGAAAUAAUGUUUACAGUUUUCUGUCUUUAGUCUCUUGUGCAUUAUUUAGUCUGUUACACAAAUGCCAUAGUAAAUAACAGCAGCAAUUUGUGGAGCACACCGUGUAGGAAAUGGGAUUAUUUGAUAUUAAGAUUAUUCGAUUAGGAAAUUUGUAACUACUAAACUAGUUAUUGUAAACUAACUUUUAAUGCUGUGCCAUUGGCUAACUCGCAGAAACUUAUUUCUGCACACAAAACAUAUCAAGCACCUGAGACACUCCUUUUAUACAUAUUUUAUUCAUUUUUUUUUCCUUUCAUAUUAUGUAAAUGUUGCGGUUUGUACAUACGGGUGAUAAAUCAACUGUUUUAUUUUCUAAAACUACUUUUCCACUUUAAAUCUACAAAUCUAAAUGAGCGAUUCUUUGCUACCCUUGGAUUUGAGUUUCACUGGUCUCCAUUUUUUUGCUGUAAUUUUGUUUGUUGCUGUAUAAUAUAUUACAUCUUAAUUGUAAUUUUUGUUCAUAAUGUACUGGUCAGUCCUAAUUUUUUUUACAUCAAUGUAUUAGUGUAUUUAUAAAUGGUCAACAGAUGUUUCUGAAAUUAAACCAUUAUUUACAGCAUUUGUCUAAUUUAUAGUAACUUUUUUUUUCUAUUCUGUAACUCGUCUCUCUGUAGGCUUUGUAUUUUUCUAACCACAUGUUUGCUGGCUUCUCCAAGGGUGCGAUGUGUUUUCUUAGAAGUUCCAGGUAG